AAUCAUUGGAAAGCUCCUAAUAGCAAAGAAGAGAGACAAACCAUAGUGAAUCCGUGAGUUGCCCGAGCGUUUUAAGCUUAUCCUCAUCUAACCCUAGCCGCCCCCUCCCCCUUCCCUCCUCCCCACGUCUCUUUGACGUUGAUUUCAACAUUUCUUUGGUCUCUUCCGCUGAUUCAGUGUAAGAUAUUGAAGAGUUGGAGCUUGGAGUCGACAUAGUUCUGAUUACGAAUAAAGUUUGCAGGUGUAAGUUUUGAGGUUUCAUUAUGGCGACCAGGCUUCAGUUUGAGAACUCAUGCGAUAUGGGUGUAUUUUCUAAGCUCACCAACGCCUACUGUUUGGUUGCUAUUGGUGGUUCUGAGAAUUUCUAUAGUGCAUUUGAGACUGAGUUAGCAGAUGCAAUCCCUGUGGUUAAGACCUCCAUUGGCGGCACUCGCAUUAUUGGACGCCUUUGUGCAGGAAACAAAAACGGGCUUCUCUUGCCCCACACCACCACUGACCAAGAGCUUCAGCACUUGAGAAACAGUCUACCUGAUCAAGUAGUCGUUCAGCGCAUAGAGGAGAGACUGUCUGCUCUGGGAAAUUGUAUAGCUUGCAACGACCAUGUUGCCCUUACACACACAGAUCUCGACAAGGAAACAGAGGAGAUGAUUGCAGAUGUUCUUGGAGUAGAAGUUUUCAGGCAGACAAUUGCUGGCAAUGUUCUUGUGGGCAGCUACUGUGCCUUCUCUAACAGAGGUGGUUUGGUUCAUCCCCAUACUUCUAUUGAAGACUUAGAUGAACUUUCAACACUUCUUCAGGUCCCAUUGGUGGCUGGGACUGUGAACCGUGGUAGUGAAGUGAUAGCUGCUGGCAUGACAGUGAAUGACUGGACAGCAUUCUGUGGUUCGGAUACUACAGCAACAGAACUCUCUGUCAUCGAGAGUGUUUUCAAACUGAGGGAAGCCCAGCCUAGCGCCAUUGUAGAUGAGAUGAGGAAAUCAUUGAUUGACAGCUAUGUCUGAGGCAUGUAUCUCAUCCUUCAGCCCAAGAACCGAUAUCAAAUGGUUGAAUUCGGAGAACUUGUUACUCUAGACUUGUUUGGCAGUUAUACUUAUAAAAAAAAAAACGACUUUUUGGCAGUUAUUUCAUUUUCCUGAUACGGUAAUGCCUGUCCCAAAGCAUAACUGUUGAAUUAUGGUACUUUGUUUGUUGAAAUUGGGCAGUUUUGUUUGUUAUUGAAAUAACUUCAAAUAUAUAGAACCCUUGACUUGUUUAGAAAAUGGCUGCUACAUCAUAUGAGAGCCGAGAUGAUGGUGUCUUGUGAUGUAUAUUUUAGGGUUCUAGGUUGAACUCAUUGUAAAAUUGUUAGCUUCUGAUUAGAAGAGGGGCUAAAACCUGAA